CAUUUUUCAUCGAUAAAUUUUUGGUUGAUUGUUAAGUCUGAAUUUGUACAGCUAUUGAUUCUCUCGAUCAUUUUAUUGAAUUCGUUCACAAUAUUCAUCCCCAUUUGAUCACAGUUUCACAUUUUUUCAUUUUAGUUUGAAUCGGAAAAUCGUUCACUAGUAAAUUAAUUUUGAAAUCUCAUGUUAUUUUUUGGAUUAGUUUUCUAUUCAAUUUCUAAUGAAAACUUAUUUUUUUACAUCAUAAGUCCAAGUCUUGGAAUCAAAUUAGCAACGACGGCCUGACUAAUUCGCUUGUCUCUGAUCUCCAAUUGAACGCCAUUUGAAACGAAUCAAAAUGGCAUCUGCGCCGGGAAAUCGAAACAACAUUCCAGAAAGACCGGAAAGUCCAUCUGGGAAUUUCUGCGAGAAACACUCUGGUAAGGCAGUGCAAUACUACUGCAACCCCUGCUCUAGUGCCAUUUGUGAAGUUUGCUGGGACGAAGACCAUGAAGACUGGAAAUCUCACGGAGUCACAACCAUGAAUGCAUAUUUGGAGCAACAGCAGCAAGUCCCCUCCCGAAUCUCAGACUACAGAAAGGAGUGUGAGAGGUUGAGUGGCAUGUUACAGGAGUGGCCGGUGGUUGUGACUCAAAUUGGAGCAGUUGAGCGGAAACAGGAGUCCAUGUUGAGAAAUAGAUCUGCGCGUGCUAUUGAAGAGAUGUCAAUUGAUGUGCGAAACUCACUGAAACGACAGAUGGCCGAGGUUCAGAACUUCAAGGGUAAAAUACUUGAACAGUUCACUGAAAUUGAGUGUUCAUAUAGAGGGAUAUUCGACUAUGCAGUGGAGAUUAGCGAGGAUGACAGAUCUUGUAGUUCCUUGGUUGGGGGGAGAGGGCAGGUGAUGACACAUGAAAACAGUAGAUUCUCAACUAGUGGCAUUAUAGCAAGUGGAGCGCAAGGGCGGGAUAACUUGGGAAGAAGCAGUUCGGAAAGGGAGAUAAAUGUGGAAAUGGGUGAGAAAUGGGAGGGAGUGGCUGUAGAAAAGAAGGACGAGAGGAAGGACGUGGAGAGGAAAAAGAGAGUGUUGGUUGGAGUGGAAGUGGAACAGAUAGGGAAGAUGGAGGAGGAUUGUAGUAUGUGUGACAAGGCAGUUUAUAAUUGGGAGACAAGAGAAAUGAUGUGUUUUAAAGCAGUAAUAGGUGUGAUUAAAGUCUUUGGUGUGAAUGAGGCCAAUGACAAGUUGGAACUGAAAAGGACGAUGCAGUGGAGGGACAUGAGGGGAUUGGAAAGCAUUUUGAGGGACAUUUGUAUGGAGCAAAUAAACAACCUUAUGUAUGGAGUGGUUCUACAGUUGAGGGAAGGAGAAGUGAAGAGGGUGGAGGAGUUGGACCAAUGGACUCUGAACAAGGAGAGCAACAACGGUGAGAUAGACACAGGGGGACUGCUCAAUGGGGAGCGAGUAUUUUGGUACUUGGUAUCAAGGAGAGACACACUCGCAUUGCUAAUUAUUGAUCAAAGAAGUGGGUAUUGUAACGGAAAGUGGGACAGUGUGGCCAUUUACACAAACAGUGUGAGAAGAGUGCACAAUUUAUCACAUCUGGAUAAUACAGUGAUUGGAGUUCUGUCAGUGGGUGGUUCUGUGUUGGCCAAUGAGACCACCCUCCUUCUCAGUUGUGGAGAGGAGGCAAACAAAGUGGCAGUGAUCUCAUUGCCACCACAAUCACAUCACAAUCAAACAUCUACUUCAGCAUCCUCACCCUCCUCUUCUGCAAACAGUACAGUGAAUGUGAAGUUUGUGACCCUCACCAAUGUAAACCCCUGUUAUGGGGGCCACCCUCUUAUUUGGACACCAUCUGGAGAACCACUCCAAGGAUAUCUAUGGACGGGGAAACUUACCACACAAGUGUACAAAGUAGACCUCGAGACACUCUUGAAGAAUGUGAAAAAACGUAAGAAGACAAUACAACAAGUGCAUGAAAUAUUACCCUUGGAGAACAGAAUCACUGCAUUUUGUCUUACCGAUGACUCUACCAUUUUUGCGUUCGGUGAAAAUAAAGUUGACGAUUCAUAUGAGCAUCUAGCACUAUUGCUCAAAUUGGACUUCACUUCCACCUAAUUAUACAGUGUUCACAUAACUUCAU